UGGGUUUUCAGUAUCAAGAAGGGAGGGCGGGGCCAGCCCUUGGCGUAACUGGCACGGCGAGCGGCGCCCUUGUCCCUGCUGUCGCUGCAGUCUCGUUGAGAAGAUGACCGUGGAGAGGCCUGCUGCAGCCCGCGAAUGCGGAGAACGAGGAAGCCUGGUAUUUCUCCCCAAAGAAUCCUCAGACACAGAGACAGAGGAAGAACCACAUGGGAAUGGAAUUGUCUUGCACAGGGCAGGGAAACUGGAAGAUUUCCUCCAUGAAGAGACUGAGACAAACUUGACUACCUCCGACUCAGAUGAAUACCUUUAUGAGAUUUUGCAGGCACAGGAAAAAAAAACCAGACACUAUUCAUUCAGACGAAACUCAGUAUAUCAGGCAAAGCUGGAUGAUGAAUCCUCUGUAGAAGACAAAGAACUGGAAUGUUUUUUCCAAGAUAGUAACAGACGGAGACCACAGGCCAAGUUUCAUCAGUCUUUUAGAUCUAACAGUUUGAAGCGGUCCAGCCCCUUCAGUGACCUUACACAAGAAAACCUGUGUAUUCAAGCAAGUUACUUAGCUGCUGCUUCUGGCCACUGCCCACCCAAGAGUACCCUGGCCUGGGUCUCCCUUGUCACAACCCCAGAGCCCUUUCACAUGACACUGCGGGAGGCACAUAGGAAGUCCAGGUGUCUGCCAUCCUGUGCCUCAUUUGAACUAAGAAGACAGCAAGCAGAGAAGCAGGACCAGGAGGAAGCCGAGUGCCAGAAGAAGUUCCAGGCUCAGCCAGUGCCAGCCCAUGUUUAUUUGCCUCUGUAUCAGGAGAUCAUGGAACGAAAUGAGGCCCGCAGACAGGCAGGAAUCCAGAAGAGGAAAGAACUGCUCCUGUCUUCCUUUAAACCCUUCAGCUUCAUGGAGAAGGAAGAACAGAAAAAGGAAGCCAUUCGACAGAAAGGUUCAACAGCAAUGACUCAAGCAAAGACUUCAAAGCAAAAAGUCACCAGGAAGGUCCCCAAAGCAGUAUUGGAGCCAGCCCUGGGUGACAAGCUCAAAGAAGCUGAACUGUGCAGAAAGCACCGCAUACAGAGAAGGGCCACAGAUCUCCUGCAGGCAGCCUCAUCUCCCAUCACUUCUAACAGAUACACUGAUCCAAAGUCUCGGGUAUCCACUCGGACGCGGCAAGAAAAACUGAGUUUCCUGCAGAGAAACUUUGAUUUCCAACCAAGGGUGAAUCCUAGUGUCCCUGACUUUGAGAGUCUUUAUAGAGCCUUCCAAAAAGAAGCUGCCCAGAAAAGGGAGACCCGAGAGGCAACACGAAACAAACCAUUCCAGUUGAGAACUGCUAGUCUUCACCACCGACAGAGACCAAGCAAGGAGUCAGGGGAACCAAAGAAUCUUCCACAGUCACCCAUGGCUCCAUUACAAAGGAGCCGCUCUCUGAAUGGGCUUGUCUCUCUCUCUCCUAACACCCUUCCUGUACACAUCACAGAUGCUACUAGGAAAAGGGAAUCUGCUGUCAGAUGCUCCCUUGAAGAAAAAAAAGAUAAAGAGAAUGAGAGUGCCCUCUGGAUGGAGCAACAUAGGAAGAAAUGUCAAGCUAUGCAUAAAUCUGUGACCUUGAGAGCAAAAGCCAUGGAUCCCCAUAAAAGCUUAAAGGAAAUAUACAAAACAAAGCUGAAAGAGAAUUGGCUGAAUGAUCAAAAAAGGACAAAAGAGUAUAAGAAAGAACUGGAGGAAAUGAAGAGAAGAGUCCAGAAUAGACCAUAUCUCUUUGAACAAGUGACACAGUUCUGUGCCAGGAAAGAGGCAGAGCGCAGAUACCGAGAUAUAUUACAAAAGGUCGGUUUAGAUGAGGACUUUGUUAUGAACAAAGGACAGGAUGCCAUUGAUUUGGAAUGGAGUGAAGAAGACAGAGAAGAAAGUGAUUCCCUCAGCCACCAGGGAAGCAAGGAACUGUUUAGUAGUAGUUCACAGCAAGAUUCAGAAGAAUCCCUAGAAGAAAUGAAACAUACUUCCUCGGAAGAAGAUUUUGCAGACCUGUCCUUUGAAUCACUAGAUACUUCAAAAUCAUUUGCCUGAUCCUUCUCCUCCAAGUACUGCUUUUGGAAAAGAUGCUAAGCCACUAGUUUUCUAUAUUGUAGAAUACAAGACCCUUGUGCUGGGGGAGGAAGUGAAGAUCUACUUUUUUCAGUGAGAACAAAGUUUGAGUCAAAGUCAGAAGCCAAGAAAGAGUAACAGCAAACUUGUUCCAGAUGAUUGAAUGCAGUGCAGUUAUCAUUAAAUCCUUAAUGCACAAAAGGGGUCAGAUUUUUUGCAUGUUGAAAACAUCAGUUGGUGGACUCAUGACACAGUUGUGUUCUGUUUCCAUAACUAUUUGCUUCAUUUAAAUAUAAAGUAUGUAAAAUUGAAGUUUAAUAAUCUUUACAUGGAAAUAUUACAUACCAUAUAAUAUCCAUAACAUUUUUCACCAUUCCUUUUGACAAGCUAGUUUCAAAAGAUUAAAAACCUAAACCUAAACCUCGGCGAUUUAACAAAUCGAAAUAAUUCAGGAAUGAUUAUAAUCACUGGAAAAUUUCAGUAUUUAAAUCUAUUAAUUUUUAUUGUUCUUAACUUUUGAAGUGUAAACAUCCCUUCAUAAUGGAUAAAAUACAUAAUCAAUUUGAAGGGAAAGUCUACUUGAGCAGCUGAAACUAGUAAGAGCAAGGACAACAGUCAAAAUACAGAAAAACUAAGUAAAAAGCUAAAAAUUCUGAAACUCCACCUUAUCAUUGGGUUUCACAAGUACUGUUACUGAAUGGUAAAGAGCAUUCAUUAUUUGCUUUGCAUGAAAAUUUGAGCUGCAAAGUGAAUGAAAAACUAUAAAGUGAAAUAUCCUGAAAAUGUAUAUAUGAAAAAUAUGAGCAAGAUUACUUUUCCAGGAAAAAGAAACAACUAUAAAUGCUUUUAAUGGCAAAUUUUUUUUAAAAACCAAAUAAAAUUGCUUCCAGAAUUGGAUAGUAUAAAAACACUCUUUCGGUAAGAAAAAUAUUGGUAUACUAUCUGCAGCGGUUGAAACGUUUGGUAUACUAUAUGCUAAACAGCUUUGAUUGGUUGUUCUUGCAAGAAUGAUUGGAAGAAUUGCUCCUAUUUUUAAAGAUCUUGGUGACCAAUCAUUUAAGAAAUCAAAAUCUUUCUUUUUUGCAUUGAAAGUAGAUGAAGUAAAGGAUUAAUUAUGAUCACUUGAUUGAAAAAAUAGAAAAUAUAUAAUCUCCCAAAUAUUUUAGUGCAAUUUAAAACUAUUAGAGCUUAAAAUCACAGAGACACUUUGGGGGCACCUUAUAUUGCUAAAACUUAUAUUAGGAAAGAUUUGCUAUUUGACAGACUCAUACAUAAUACUGUCACAAGAUAAAUUUUCAAUACACUUGUUUUUAAAUGGAAAAAAAAUGUUAACUUAGAAUAUACUAGAAGGCAUUCAAUUGAUACCACGUAUCAUUCAGAGAUGUGUUACCACACAAUAGCAAUUUGGACAUAGUAUAUGCUACAGUUCUUUAAAUGACUGAAUAACUUUACAGAAAAUAUACCAAAAGCAUGGCUAUUUGCAAAACCAUGUAAUCAGACAAUAGUAUUUAUGUCUUACUAUAAAGCAUGAGUGGGUUUCUCAUUA